AUGGUCACGAACGAGCAAGUAGCUGCAUGGGUAUCUGGCGUUGAUCUUAUUGCGCAAGACAAUACUCCUAGCACAGUGACAAUCCAGUUCUCGGGCCCUUUCGACCGCUUUGAGCGCCGCAUGGUCCAGUCUGCGUCCUUGGAGACUCUUUACAAGAUCGCUUUCCGGGCGAUGAAAGGCCGACACACAAUCUUCCAGCUCGCCAAGGACAACAUUGCCAUCUCCACUUCGCCGAUACGCACGAUUGCACAGCAAAACUUGCAGGAUAGAGAUCUCCUCAGUAUACGCAUCGCCGAUGAGGCCGACUUGGGAGCUGGUUCUACCCAGCGAACUCAAGCUCGCGGCAAUUUAUGCCUCGUGAAGGUCUUUGAGCUCCAUGGCGACAUGCUUUUCGCCUACUGGGUACGUAGGGAUACCGUGUUGACGAUCGGCUCCAUCUUCUGGAAGUACUGGCGGCAUAUCUAUUCCGAAGCACGGGCGCACAAUCUAGAAGAGGCGAGGCUUUGCUGGAUGAAUCUCGAGAACUCUGGUGAUGGCAGGCUGUCUGGCAACUACGUGCACGGCCCCGAGAACCUCUCUGCCUACCUUGACGCCCAGCACUGUUUCGGCCAUCUGGGCGAGGAGAAGGUGUUUCGAGACCAAACAAGGACGGCGAGGCCUCAUGAUCAGCCACUCGUGUUCAAAGUGGCUAUCUCGAUGAAGAAGCAGCGCGCGGAGACGAAGCGCGAUCGUAAGAUCUCCAGGCUGGAUGCGCUCAAGCAGAUCUUCCAGGCUCUGAUUAAUCGUAUCCUCGCGUACAGCUACAAGACUCAUAUCGGCCUUGUCACAGUCGGUACCAAUGCUCAGCUGGUCAAGCAGCUUGAUGGCGUGAUUGAGAACUUCAGGCGUGCUGUUGACACCAUGUCUGCUUCUGGUGACACCGCCCUGUGGGACUCCCUGGCUUUGGCCCACGACCAGCUCAAAGAGUAUAGCAAGAAGUAUCCCGAGGCCAAGAAGCGCAUUAUUGUGAUUAGUGACGGCUGUGACACGACAUCGAAGAGUCAGACUGCAAGUGGCGCAUACUGGCUGUUGAAGGAGUUUGCACCCUCUGUCAAUGGAGCACGCUUUGACGAUGACCGAAUGGAGCCUUUCCUCAGUCUGUCGGAGCGUCCUCCGGUCAUGCCUUUCCCUGGUGUACCACGUAAUCAGGCUCAGCUUGCGCAGAAGUUCAAACUGGCAAAGUAUCUGGCGACUUACACGACUGCGAAUGAGGAGAACAUGCCGCCGCGCAAGGAGCACCCGAACCUGCAUGAUGACUUUGUGCUGUUGACGACUGCCACGCCCAUGGCUUGGAGAAGUGUAGCGACAAGCAGUACCGGUAACCGUUCGAAUCUUCGACAAUCACGUCUGCUGCGCGAAGUCAACCUUCUGAGCUCUCGUCCGUCGCCAACGUACGACAUCUACGUGUCCGAGAGCGACAUGUCCUUCAUGAAAGCUGUCGUCUCUGGUCCAGCAGGCUCUCCAUACGAGGCCGGCACAUUCGUCCUCUACCUCGAUGCCGAUGACACGUACCCGACAUUUGCCCCGAAGGCUCGCUUCAUCACGAAGAUCAAGCACCCGAACGUCAACGCCCAUGGUCGUAUCUGCCAUUCGAUCUUCAAUCGCGACUGGACUUCGGACACGAUGAUGACGACAAUCAUGGACACCAUCUAUGGCCUGCUGUACCAACCUGAGACCCAAGAUCCAGUCAGCACCAGUGCCACGCUCGCCUAUCAUCACGAUCAGGUUGAGUAUGCUGAGGAUGUGCGCAAGUUCACUGCCGUCCAUGCGAAGAAGACUAGAGAGGAGUGGAGGGCUGAGUUACUAGGUUAG